UAGUGAGGGCGCAGAAGUAUGUUCUCCGCCGGACGAAAGCUCUUCGGUCAGUGAAAACGGAGAUAGUCCUCACAGGAAAAAAUCUUCUGAGAGCAACGCCAUGCAGGAAGGCGAUGUAGAAACGCGCCUAGAAGAUGCUUUGCGUCUAGUCGAGGAACUUCGAGGCAAAUGCAGGUUUCACGCUCAGCAAACGUACGCUUGGCGCAGAGCGCACGCGGCGCAGGAAUUACUGGUGAAGCAAUUAGUAGAUGAGAAAAAUUCUCAAGUGUCGAAGCUCUCUACCCAACUCCUGUUGUUCGAAGCAAGGCUGCGACGCGAGAAGAAACUGAUAACAGCAACUUUGUCGCGUCAAGAAGCUACCAUAUCCCGCCAACAACGUGUCAUCGACGCAUUAACAGCACGUCUAAUCGAUAAUGGUCUAGAAUCAUCUACUGCCGUUGGAGUUGUUCAGGAUUUCGAUUCCCAAAACGAUUCAGAUUCAGCAGUGGUCAUGGAAGAUCUGGACCUGGAUAUCGGCUUUGGGCAACCACAUCCUCACGCUAAACAAUAUCGCAGUAUGUCUGGUGACGGGAUAACGAUUGCCAGGUCAAUAUCAGAUGCCAUAGAUAACGGUUUCAAACAUGCGUCUUCGAGACGAUCCAAUUGCUACUUACGUCGUCCAGAAGUCCUGGAAACCGUUUAUAGUGUGGAAGAAGAUACUGAACAGCAGCAGCAAUCGUCGGCCAGUACUAGUGGUAUACUCGAUUCUCAAAGAACUGAGAAAACUAGCGCCGAGAAAAAACGGGAAGGGUUUAGAAAUCACACCGAAAGAGCUGCUCAAGAAUCUGAUGAUUCUGAUACUUGGACAUACAACUCAUCAGAUAAAUUACCAAAAGAACAGUCACCUAAAACUCAAGUCACAGUUUAUAAUCGAGUCAUGUCGAAUCACAGAUCGGUGAUUAAACCGAAAGAUGUUAAAUAUAAAAGGAUAAAUAAAGCCAAAUCAAAAAGCUUGGAAGAAUUAAGAGGCAGGCUUAGAAACUGGGUUGAUAAAGGUAACAGACAUAUACCCAACUUGGAACAGUCGCAGAGCUAUGCUUAAUUAGUAAAUUUGUGUAUUCCUGGUGAAUAAGUACCAUUUUAAUAGUAUAUAUAGUU